AACAUUUGUAGUCUGGGCAGUUAGUCUACAAUUAUUGGUCCUAAAGGGCUGUUCUGUGAAAAGUGAGAGACAGUGAAGAGUAAACAAACCUGCAAUGAGCUCCUUAAACUCAACCUUUUUAAACACCACUAUUGUGCGUCCUGAGUUCUUUUUCAUAAGUGGUUUAUCCGGUAUUACCCACACAAAAUACUUCUACAUGUUCUUGUGCUUCGUUUAUACUCUGUCUGUACUGGGAAACAGUUUUAUCAUGUUUGUGAUUUACGCUGACCACUGUCUUCACAGUCCGAAAUACAUUGCAGUGUUUAAUUUGGCUGUGUCUGACUUGUGUGUAAGCACAGCCCUCGUUCCUCCAUUGAUUGACACCUUCCUGUUUAAAUCACAGUUAAUCUCCUUUGAGGCCUGCUUGACUAAUAUGUUUUUUGUUUUUUGGUUUCUCUUCAUGCAGUCUUUCACUCUUACUGUUAUGUCCUAUGAUAGAUGUGUUGCUAUAUGCUUUCCACUGAGAUACAAUGAGAUUGUGACAAAUAAAUCAAUGUUGGUGAUCACAACCAUAUUUUGGAUUAUUGCAGGACUGGCCGUUCUCACACUAGUACUAUUUGUUAACACACUGUCAUUCUGCAAAUCCACUGUGAUUAACAGCUUUUUCUGUGAUCACGGACCCACGUUUCGAUUGGCAUGCAAUGACAACACUCCAAGUUAUGUGAUGAGUGGGUCUCAUCCUAUUCUGAUUUUCUGGCUUCCAUUACUUUUCAUAACAGGGACAUACAUUUGCAUAGCCCGAGCGUUAUUGAAAAUUGCAACAGCUUCAGAGCGACUUAAAGCCAUGAAAACCUGCACCUCUCAUUUGAUCUUGGUGGGUGUGUAUUAUUUUCCUAUAUGUAUCAUCUAUGGAGCAAUCGGUUCCUUCGUUCAUCAAAACGUCAGGAUUAUCAACACAUCUUUGGCGAUGCUCUUGCCACCGAUGUUAAAUCCAAUCAUUUAUUCACUGAAGACAGAAGAAUUCACAGAAUCCAUUAAAAAGCAGUACAGAAGAAAGAAGAUACACAUCACUGUAUGGAAUAAAUGAAUAAAUGUUUUAUUCACAAAUAGCUGACUAGUAAACUUAAACAUAUUCAUUUUACUUCCAAAGUUUCCAAUUAACUGUGAACUGUAAGAGCAAUUGUAAAAUUAAGUCCAAUGAAGGAGAAUACUGUGAUAGAGUUGAAUUUACACACUAGCCAUUUUACUGUGUGUCUGUCGUUGCUGCAGACUGGAAACAUGUCAAGUUUCAAACGUAGGCGAGAUGUAUUUAUGAAUGAAAACAUAGGAACUCGUCCUUACUCUUACUACAUGAACCCCACCACCACCCCUACCUGAGGGACACUGAAUUUGAUUACAAACUGAAAAAAAUGCUUUUAUGAUUAAUAGAAUGUUCCUCAUCAUCAUUAUGAAUUACUGUAUGCAAUGAAUCCCUAAUGCGAUAAUAAAAAUAAAAAAACUACAAAAUGUGAGGCUAAAAUAUUUUGUUGAUUUUGUUUGUUAAUAAUUUUUUGCGCUCUGUGUUGAAGUCCAAGUUUACCUGCAUGUUUGAUUUGCAUAAGCUUGGGUAAAUUAAAGACAAAAUCGAAAAGCUUCAAUUGGGGAAAAUACAUCUUCAGCUAUCAUGCUUUUACUCAAACUUCACAAAGCUGUGUUUUGUAAAGACAAGCUCAGGCACAUGAGCUGGUGGCAGUCUAGAGCAAUAGGGAGAUAAAACAUCUAUCAAUGCUGAAAAGUUGCAUGGAGGAAAAUCUCCUUGGGGGCAGGUAAUAUAUGAGCCAGUGCUGUAUUUCAAAACCAUAUAUUGCAAAACUAUUUUCUUGAAAUA